AUGUUAAUCUUUAACAUAAUAAAUGUAAUUAAGAAAGAUGAAAUUGAAAAUAUAAACAAAAUUUUAUAAAUUACUCAAUGUAUCCAUUAUACUAAAACAAGGCAUCUAAAAACAUUUGAACUGAACUUCUCGCUUUUCUUUAGCAAACUCCAUGUUGUUUCCUAUUUCAAUAAGCGUUACAACCUCUUAAAUAAAAUCAGUUUAUCAAAAGAUUUUUCUCAUUAUGGUAAUUCUUCAAAAAUCUUACAAUAGAGUGUUAUGUAUUGA